GGGCAGCUUGCAGCUUUGAUCUCGAGUUCUUGUCAAAGAGUGUGGGGAACAAAACGCCUCUUCCAAACAACCAUACAAGAGUUGCACGGAAGCUACCAACAAGAUGUCGGCCGAUCAAAAGCCUCUGGGCUUCAUUUACCAGUUCGCGGCAGGAGCUAUUGCAGGCGUAUCGGAAAUCUUGGUGAUGUACCCGUUGGACGUUGUCAAGACUAGAAUACAAUUACAAGCUGGUGGAGCGACUGGUGCGGAUGCGUACACUGGCAUGGUUGAUUGCUUCCAAAAGAUUGUCAGAAAUGAAGGUUUCUCGCGUCUCUACCGUGGUAUCGAAGCCCCUAUCUUGAUGGAAGCACCAAAGAGAGCAACCAAAUUCGCGGCCAACGAUUCCUGGGGAAAGUUCUACCGUGAUCUGUUCGGCGUGGCAAAGGCAAAUCAAUCGCUAUCAAUCCUGACUGGUGCUACGGCUGGUGCUACCGAGGCUUUCGUUGUGGUUCCCUUUGAACUUGUUAAGAUUCGACUUCAAGACAAGGCCUCGGCAGGAAAAUACACUAGCAGUCUCGAUGCCCUUACCAAGAUCAUCAAGAACGAAGGUCCUCUCGCACUCUACAACGGACUUGAAAGUACUCUGUGGAGACAUAUCCUAUGGAAUGCAGGAUACUUCGGAUGCAUUUUCCAAGUCCGAGAACUUCUUCCCAAGACAGACAAGAAGGGCAUGCAAACAUUAAAUGAGAUGUUGGCAGGCGCUACUGGAGGAACUGUGGGAACAAUUCUCAAUACGCCUAUGGAUGUGGUCAAGUCUCGAAUCCAGAACAGUCCCAAGGUUGCAGGCUCAAUCCCCAAGUACAACUGGGCAUGGCCAUCUAUUGCACUUGUCAUGAAGGAGGAAGGCUUUGGCGCGCUCUACAAAGGCUUCAUUCCCAAGGUGUUGAGGUUAGGUCCAGGUGGAGGUAUUCUGUUGGUUGUCUACACAAAUGUCAUGGACAUGUUCCGCAGAAUGCAGAACCCGGUAGCAUAAUUGUAGAUGAUGGCAAAUUUCAGCAGAUCAGGCUCACUGCAUUUUCCGGAUAUUCAUACUAGAGAUUCCAUGUACAAUCUGAAAACUAUGGAUAGAGAGCAACAGGUUUUGGAGAGGGCGAGGCCACCUUCAAACAUACAAUUCGAGGAUAAAGCAAGUGCGGAAUAGAUAUCGUCCAAACCAAGUUCUUCUGAUGUCCAUAUGCUUAUUCCUGGACAUAUUAUCGGCUCUAGACGUUGUUUAUCUAAGGAAUGUUUUGGCCGUUGCACUUUGGUGAACUAGUCUGUCCUCGUUGGAUGUCCACUCCAUGUACCUCACGCCAU